ACCUGAAAUACACUGAUCACAAAAAAUACUGGUGCUUUCAUGCCAAGUCAUCUUACAAUUACUGCAGUAUUCUGGCAUAUGCUAAUGAAACCAAAGGAAGAGUGUCAGUAAUUGAUCAUCCAGAUCAGAGUUUCUUUACUGUGACUAUGAGAAACCUGCAGCAUGAAGACACUGGAUCUUAUUGGUGUGUUGUGGAGAUUGAAGGAAUAUUAAUAGAUGAGAGUGAGCAGCUUUAUCUGACAGUUCAAUCAGCUCCUGAUGUGUCUGUGGUGAACAGCAGUGUAUCUGGACAUGAAGGUGGUGAUAUCAGUGUUCAGUGUUUCUACACGUUAAGAUAUAAGAAUAAACUCAAACAGUGGUGCAGAUAUAAAGAUAAGAGCUGUUACACAGUGGGGAGGACUUACACAUCCCAGAAUCCAUCAGUCCAGAUCAGUGAUGAUGGGAGAAGAUCCUUCAUUGUGCUGAUGACUGGACUGAGACUCACUGAUUCUGGCUUGUACUACUGUUCUGUAGGAGACCUGCACGUUCCUGUUCAAAUUAAUGUCUCUGAAAAUUCACAGGUUCCUUUUCUCACUCUCAUUGAACCAAAACCAGCUGUGACCACAGAAGGAUCUGAGAGAAACGGAGAUGCAACUGCUCUCUCAUCUACAACACCAGUUUCAGUUAACACUGAUCAAACAGUGAGCAGCGAAGAGCAGCAGAAUGAGCAUUAUUUGUAUCUGGAGGUGUGGAUUCCAGCGGUUGUGCUGCUGAUGGUGAUUGUGAUUGUCGUGUCAGCUGUAAUACUGAGAAAGAAGCAAAACAGAAAUGAAUACAUCACAGAGGUGAACAGAGUUCGAGCCAGUGACACAGGAAACGGCACCAGUUCAUCUUCAGUGCUUGCAGAGAAUGAUGUGACUUACACCUCUGUGACAGUACAACCUAAAACUGAAGCAAGCAGUCCAGUAUCUGUGGAGGACGAGGUGACCUACAGCUCUGUGCACAAGUGCAAACCACUAAAUACCUGAACAAAAUAUGAACAAGUGAAGUUGAAACUAGCCAAUAUAUAGGUAAUUUUUCCAGGAAUACUAAUUCUGUUAAAAUUAUAUAUUUUAUCUCUCUGUCAAUAUAUUAGUUGCAUUGUGUAAGUACUUGUAGACUGCAAAAAACACAAGGUUUACACUGAGAUCAAUAUUUUGUUUAGCAUUUUACUGUACGUGUGUUCUUUUGUAAUAUGUGUGUAAAUUGUUGUUGUCUGCAAAAAGCUUUAAGCAAUAAUACAUAUUUGUUGAGUUAAGUUUAGUUAAGCUGUAAUGUACUUGCUGCUAAGUGUGACAAUAAAUAAAAUCGAUAUUUGUCUG